AUGAUCCAGGGAGAGGCGCCAGCACAAACCGUCAGUUCUCUAGGCUACGCCCUCCGCGCAGUGGGCGGACUGACCAAGCCAAGCGGUAGAGGGCUGUUCAUGUUCCAGAGCCUUAUCGCAGGGAGUACUACGGCUGCCCUUGUCGGUCUUUUUGGUGCCACUCUAUUGGGGUAUGGAUUCGCUGCUGGAGCGGUGGGUUUUCUAGGCGGAUCCUGCUUCGGCUUCGUGGUUGGGACGAUUGGGUAUUACAAGGCAUGCUCUAGGCAGAGCUUGCUUGCGUUCAUGAGAUACCCUGACUUGAUAAGGCAUCAUAUAUUCAUUGACUUUGGCAUGCAUGGUGUAGAGAAAGCCUCGCGGUUUUGGGAAAAAGACUCGCAAAAUGUCGUGGAGGCCGUGAAGAGCGACUUGGCUCUUCAAAGUAUAUUGGUAGCCGCGUGGCACUCGGCAGUUCCUGCUAUCGAGGUCCGUAUACAUCUUGGAAGUUCCUGUUUCCGCGUUAUUUGA